AUGAACGACCGUUUGAAGGCCGAGAUCCUGAAAUCUCCCGCCUACUCCAUCGUAAAAAAGCCUUCCAAGCCUUCCAAUCUUCUCCCUGUUGUUGUACUAGUAGGUGUCAUGUACUCACUGGUAAUCUGUAUUCUCCUAAUCGACUUUCCAUCCCAACUCUAUGCUUUUCCAUCUUCUACGUUACCAAAACUGUCAGAUUCAACUGUAGAUAAGAUCAAGUGGAAAUCAGAGAACAAAAUUUUAAAGACACUCACAAACCGAAUUCUGCGUAAAGUUCCAGAGUCCUCAUAUUUUCAGGGUCAAGAUGAUCCUUUAUUUAGAAUAGACGGGCUUGGAAAUAGCUUACCAUCGACAAUUUCGGAGUCGGCCAAUGGAGUCUCUAGCAGCCAAAGCGAUACCUAUCGUCCUGAUGGAUCUUUCUCUUACAGUUACAGCUUGAAUAACGGAAUCUCUACCGAUGUGGAAGGGUAUCAGAAAAACGUCGCGGAGAAACAAGGACAAGCAAUGAAGGGACAGUUUUCUUACACGUCACCAGAAGGAACCCCUAUCUUCACUCUGUGGUACGCUGACGAGACAGGGUUCCAUGCCGAAGGUUCCCAUUUGCCCGCAGCCACCUUGCGUAAUGGAUAAUAACUUAAUGAUCCUUAAUUGUAAUGGACUUUAAUGAUUAACAAUGAUAAAUGUAAAUUAUAUCCCACAAUGGCUUA